CCUGCUUCUCUGAUCAGCUGACUUUGAGUGAGAUGCUCAGUUGAAGGACCCCAGUGUCUAAAACCUGUUAAUUUCUGCUCAAUGUAUGGGAAGUUGCGCCUCUUUUACUGAGUUACACAUUGUGGACAAAACGCUGAACUUAUUACAGACAUUGUUACCCUCAGUGACUUCCUUUUAUUUGCAGCCGGGUGGACAAAUUUCCUGCCAGCAGUCAUGACAGAAUUCUGGUUGAUUUCUGCUCCGGGGGAGAAGACAUGCCAGCAGACCUGGGACAAGCUGAUGGUGGCCACUACACGCACCAACAACUUGUCCACCAACAACAAGUUCAAUAUCCCUGACCUCAAGGUUGGAACAUUAGAUGUGUUAGUGGGUUUGUCGGAUGAGCUGGCUAAACUUGACACUUUUGUGGAAAGUGUGGUGAAGAAGGUUGCUCAGUACAUGGCUGAUGUUCUGGAGGACAGCAGAGACAAAGUGCAGGAGAACUUACUGGCAAAUGGAGUUGACCUGGUCACCUACAUCACCAGAUUUCAGUGGGAUAUGGCUAAAUAUCCAAUUAAACAGUCGCUGAAGAACAUCUCUGAGAUCAUCUCCAAGCAAGCAACUCAGAUAGACAAUGACCUGAAGGCCAGAGCUUCUGCUUACAACAAUCUGAAGGGAAACCUGCAGAAUCUGGAGAGGAAGAAUGCGGGGAGCUUGCUGACCAGGAGUCUGGCUGACAUUGUGAAGAAAGAGGACUUUGUGCUGGACUCAGAAUACCUGAUUACCAUGCUGGUGGUUGUCCCAAAGACAAGCUAUGCUGACUGGCAGAAGACAUAUGAAACACUGGCAGAAAUGGUUGUUCCACGCUCCACGAAGCUGCUGUUUGAAGACCAUGACAGUGGUCUGUUCAGUGUCACUCUCUUCAGGAAGGCUGUAGAUGACUUCAAACAUAAGGCCAGAGAAAACAAAUUUACAGUGCGUGACUUCCAAUACAAUGAGGAAGAGAUGAAAGCAGACAAAGAAGAGAUGACACGUUUGUCCACGGACAAGAAGAAGCAGUUUGGGCCUCUGGUCCGAUGGCUGAAGGUGAAUUUCAGUGAGGCUUUCAUUGCGUGGAUUCACAUAAAAGCCCUGCGUGUGUUUGUUGAGUCCGUUUUGAGAUACGGGCUGCCAGUCAACUUCCAGGCCAUGCUGCUUCAGCCCAACAAGAAGAACAUGAAGAAACUGAGAGAAGUGCUGUAUGACCUGUACAAACAUCUGGACAGCAGUGCUGCAAUCAUUGAUGCUUCCAUGGACAUCCCAGGAUUAAACUUGAGCCAGCAGGAGUACUAUCCCUAUGUUUACUACAAGAUCGACUGCAAUCUGCUGGACUUCAAAGUCUAAAAAACUUUGCCAUUAACAUCAUGUGCUGUAGUGUUCUGAUGUAACAUGUUCACAUUCACAAGCUUUAAUUUAUUUCCACCUCUGCCCUGUUUUCUGAUUUUCCCUUUUGCAUUUCAUCCUUUUUUUUAACACAGUUUCUGAUACAUUCCUGAGUCUACACUAAAUAAGUUGUUUGAAGAAUGCUGAACGGCAGCUCUUAGUGAAAUCUCUUCACUCAGCUUUGAAUAUGGGCCUUCUUUUUUGUUAUUUCCUGUUUGUUUUACACCUGAAAGUGAACUUAACCAGUUUCCUUUCGUCAGAAUGUUAAACAUUCUUAAAUGUCAUUAAAUCACAUCCGAACUGGUGUCUUUUUAUUCUCCCCCCAUCCUGUUUUAAACUGACAUGAUAGGUACACAUAUGGGAGAGGCGUGGGGAUAAAUAAAUGUAUGUUAAAUAUGGUAUUUAUUUUAAAACUCUAAAAUCUGUGAACAUGUUUUUGUUUGUUCAGUUUUUGAAGGUGAUGUGUUUUUAGUUCCUUGUAAGGAAUGCCUGUUUACAAGUAGAUGUCAACCAAUGUUUCCCUUCUCAAACUGUACUUAUGUGAAACCUUGAAACUGAUUAUUUUACUGUACAAAUAAGCAAUAUGUUUGCUGACUGUAUGCUCUUAAUUCAAAUAUAUAUAUAUAUAUAUAUAUAAAGGAGUUUGGGAAACCACUAAAAGUAAAUGUGCAAAUACUGUAUUGUUGGAAUGAAUGGAAAUUAAAA